UCACAUUUUCACAUCCUUAAAGAAAAGCAUUUAAAUUUCUUAUUCUCCAAAAUAGAAAAUUAGCGUCUCAAAGAUGGAGAAGAAGAAAGUGACGUUGAUGGUUUGGUCAAUUUUGGGUCUUGGAUUGGCUAUUAUGGUGCUGGGACGUUCUGCACCAGAGAAUGAUAUAACAUGCCAACAAGCACUGACGGACUUGUUGCCGUGCACACCCUUCUUGAAAGCCGACGCCGGAGCCGAUCAACCAGGUGUUCCAUGCUGCCUUGGCGUUCAAACAGUGUUCCAAGCAGCCAACACCACACAGAUCCGGAGAGACCUCUGCGGAUGUUUCAAGAAAGCUGCAGUAGUGUUGGGUGUUAAGCCUGAGAGAGCAAAGCAGAUUCCAACUUUGUGCAACAUUGCUCUUACUAUUCCCAUUGACCCUAGUAUCGACUGCAGCACGAUUAAUAAUUAGAGUUUUCUUUGUGGAGUUUAGAUGAAGAAGAUAUGCCCAAAGCAAGUCUUAGAAAUCAGAAUUUUAGCAUCAUAGCAAAAAAUCUGAGAGAUUGUUUUUUGGCUAUCUCUAUUUUACUAUGUAUUCCAACAAGAAAAUAUUUAUGGAAUAAAAAGGAGCAACAUUGUUUUUGGUUUCCUUAA